GAGAACUGAGUUGCUUUUGUUUUUCCUCCAUCAUAGAGUUCCCUUUAAAAUGGACCUGUUCAGGAGGACUACGUGAAAACACAUAAACCAAGUCAAAACCACGUCACCAGCUCUUCAGUCCAGUGUUGUUGUUUUUUUACUUGAAUCUUGGGGUUGUCCUUGAUAAUAUUAGUUAGGGCAUUAUAUAAUUACAUAUGUAUGGUCAGACAGACAAGAAUAGACAGCAGUCAGAUCCUCCAGUCAGUUUUCCAGAGAAAAAGCAGCAUAUCGUCACAGACACCAACUUUCACAGAUAGAAAAACUAGAAUAGUUACCAUUGUCAGUAAGCUAGGACGCACUUCCUCCCGAAACACACAAGCGGGGUUUGGGUGGUGGGGGGGCGUUUGUUUCAUGCGUAUCAGCUCAGCUGCUCUGACCCACUGAGUGAGCUUGCAGCAAAAGUCAUGCAAGCCCUUCUGCAGGCAUAUCUCGCCUACAUCAAAAUGCCCGCAUAUGAACACACACGUACAUUUAUAGCAACAUAUCUAAUGUCUCUCUAUCUCUGACCCUGUCAGUCUCAGUCCCUCCACCACCCCUCUCUUCCUCAUUUGGUCUGCACAUAUACUUGCAGAGCUCCUCUAUCAGUAAAACAUCAUGACAAUUAAACCACAAACCCAGUAGCUAGGAAACCCGCACACCAACCCCUCCUCCACUAAACUUACUGUCACUGUAAUACAAAACACUCUAUCUCUCCAUACAUUGUUUAAUUCUGAGGCUGAGAAAAGGGUUAUUUUCAGUGAGCCACUUUAGAUUGUGACUUCCUUUUGAAAUGAACUUACAGGGGUUGUUUUAUAAAACUGAAGUCAUCCACUGAAGAGGUGCCUGCUCUGACCUCUCGACUUUCUCUUCUCUGUAUGUUUGUUGAGUCAACCGCUACCAGAGACAGAGAGAUAAGGUGGACAGCCAGCCAGAGGAAACAGACAUAAAACGUCUAACAACGAUGCCUGCUGGUCCCUUCUCCUACUGCUUCAGUCAGGGAAUACUACUACUGUCUAUACUCCACUAUGGUGUGGGUGAGCCUCUGUUGAUCCACAAGACAGUGGGGGACUCAGUGGAGCUGCCUGGUCCUUCACCCACAGAGGGGAUUGUCACAGUGGUGUGGAAUUAUGGAGGAAAAGAGAUUGCAGAAUACAAGAAAGAUGUUAAAUAUGUAUCUUCACAGUUGGAGGGAAGACUAGAGAUGAACCCCAAACACUUCAGUUUAACAGUCAGAAAUCUAACACUGCAAGACUCGGGGGAAUUCGUAGUGACUGGUAGGAGGGACACAGUUCAGAUUCCCUCUAAGGUCUUCCUUCUAAAGGUCCACGAGCCUGUAUACAAUGUGGUGAUCCAUCCUAAUGUCAGGUUAUUGGCCAACCACAACUGUUCAGUUCAGAUGACGUGCAACGCAUCUGGCAGCUCCAACCUCACCUACACCUGGAGGAGAGGGAAGGAGAAGAUCAGGGACAGCCAGCAGAUCCAAUUCAUUCUGUCACCAGCAGAGGGAGUUAUCAAUUUAAUAUGCAACGCCUCCAACCAAGUCAGUGAGAAAUCUGCCUCUACAACAGUGAGCUGUGUUAAUGAAACAAACCCAACAGAGAUGUUGUGGCAUGUCAAGUACAUUGGAAUUCCAGUAGGUGGCGCUGUGGUAGUGAUCCUAAUUGUAGCUGUGGUCAUGUACAACCGCAAGGGCAAUAACACAGAUGAACGAAUAGAUAAUACCAUCUAUACAGAUGUGGGUGACAUUGGAAGAGUCAAAGAUACCAGAUCAAACAGUGAUGUAAACCCAAUGUCUAUAUAUGAGACAGUCGAUGACCGGAAUAUCCCAAACAUAAAUCCGCCACAGACUGUGUAUGACCGGAUCACAUUUGGACGUCCAGAUGCUCAGUAUUCCUACUAAGUAGUACCAGCGAGGUGAACAGGAAGUUGUCUAAGAUGUGGUCAUGGACAAUUAAUGAAAAUAGGAUCUUCUGCAUUGUCCGGAUCCUA